UCCAAUUUUUAUCAAGGCUUCCAUAGCGGCACUCCGAUGUUUGAUUUGCAGCCAUAGAAUCUCCAGGGCGCUUGGAGUUAGGGGUUGGAGCACUGGAUUGGACUGAGAGAGAGAGAGAGAGAGAGAGAGACAGAGAGGGAGAGGGAGCUUUUGGGAUCAAGGUGACAUCAGUGGAUUGAGGUGUCCUGCUCAUUUUAAUCAUGAGCUGAUUAGUAGAACAAAAAAAAGCCAGUGUUAGUGUGCACUGCGUGGAAGUGAGAGAGGGUGUCAAAGGGCAGGAGCGACAGAGAAAGAACAGUAAAGAGGAAGAGAGCAGAACGACAGAAAAAAUAAACAGGCAGAAAGAAGAGACAGAUACAAGAAGAGGAAGAGAAAAAGAAAGGUUGUUAAAAGGAAUCUGAGAAGAAAGAUAAGAAGAUAUUUAGAAGGGCAGACUCCUUCGCUAUUUGAACAAAAACUGAUAAAAAAAUAAUAAUCUGGGAGGAGAACGAAAGUUUCUCCGCUGCUUCCUUUUCUGCUUGGUAGUUGUUCUACCUCCUCUUCCCCCAAAUCUUCCCCCAAUUCCCUUUCCCCUCUUUGAACCCAUCACUCAUCACCCCAGCGCCUAGACUCAAGACUCAAGACAGGCCAAAAUGCCGACCAACGGGGUUCACCAAGCCUUGAAGAUCCAGUUCGGCCUGAUCAACCACGAGAACCGUUACCUGACAGCGGAGGCGUUUGGCUUCAAGGUGAACGCCUCAGCUCCCAGCAUGAAGAAGAAGCAAAUCUGGACGCUGGAGGAAGAAGAAAAGAACAGCAGCGUGGCAUACCUACGCAGCCACCUGGGCCGCUACCUCUCUGCGGACAAGGACGGCAAGGUGAUCUGCGCGGCCGAGCAACCUAACGGCAACUGCCGCUUCCUGAUUGUGGCGCAGUCCGACGGCCGCUGGGCUCUGCAGUCCGAGCCCCAUGCCCGCUACUUCGGGGGCUCCGCGGACCGCCUCUCCUGCUUCUCCCAGGCCAUAGCCGAGCCAGAGCUCUGGGCUGUCCACCUGGCACUGCACCCCCAGGCCAACCUGCUGAGCCUCAGCCGCAAGCGCUACGCCCACCUCUCCACCCAGGAGAACGAGAUCUCAGCUGACAGCAACAUCCCCUGGGGAGUACAGUCCCUCCUCACCCUCAUCUACCUGGACGGGAAGUACUGCCUCAAGACCUGCGACAGCCGUUUCCUCCGCAACGACGGCAAGCUGGUGAAGGAGCCCGUCCGCAACACCGGCUACACCCUGGAGUUCAAGUCCGGCAAGCUGGCGUUCAAGGACUGCGAGGGCAAGUACUUGACCCCCACGGGCCCCACUGGCACCCUGCGGUCCGGACGCAGCUCCAAGCCUGGCAAGGAUGAGUUGUUUGACCUGGAGGAGAGCCACCCACAGGUCGUCUUCCAAGCAGCCAGCGGUAGAUUCGUCUCCAACAGACAAGGUGUCAGUAUCUCAGCCAAUCAGGAUGAAGAGACAGACCAGGAGACGUUCCAGAUGGAGAUUGACCAGGGCAGCAAGAAGUGCAUGUUCCGAACCAACGCUGGCAACUACUGGACGCUAGUCUCGCAUGGAGGCAUCGAGUCCACUGCCACCGAAGUAGCUGCCAACACCAUGUUUGACAUUGAGUGGCGUGGGCGCAGGGUGGCACUCCGAGCGGGAAACGGCAAGUACAUCUGCACCAAAAAGAACGGGCAGCUGUCCGCAGGCAGCGACUCUGCAGGCGAAGAUGAGGAGUUCCUGUUCAAGCUGAUUAACCGUCCCAUUCUGAUCCUGCGCGGGGAGAAUGGCUUCGUCUGCCACCACAAGAACUCCAACACGCUGGACGCCAACCGCUCCGUCUACGACAUCUUCCAGCUCAUCUUCGCCGACGGAGCCUACCACGUCAAAGGCUCCACAGGGAAGUUCUGGUAUGUCUCCAGCAGCGGGCUGGUCUGCUCCGACGGGGAGAUGCCCGAGGACUUCUUCUUUGAGUUCCUGGAGCAUGGGCGGGUGGGCAUCAAGGGCAAGAACGGCAAGUAUCUCCGCGGCGACCAAGCGGGCACGCUGAAGGCCGACGGAGACAAGGUGGACAGCUCCACGCUCUGGGAGUACUGACCCUGCCAGACACUCCGGGGAGCACACGAUCAAACCAACACAAACAAACAAACAAACACCUGAAAGGAGCCCGGUGUGUUCAAACUUGCAUUUAGGAAACUGGACUCAAGGACUUUAUUUCUAUGUGUAUUUUUGCAAUUGCUUCCAAGUAGGGGUGGAUUAAGACAAGUCUCCCUGUUUCUGUGGUAACAUUCACACACAGUAAACGUGGUAAGUAUUUGCCAUUUUUUAAACAGCUGUGUGUUAUGGGCUGGGUACGGCUGGAAGUUGGAUUGAAUAGCGUAAGGGGGGUGACAAGGUUCACUGUUGUAUGUUUGGAUUACUUCUUUUAGUCAGUGCUGUUGUCAUUUUUAUUCAGAAGAGAAGACCUAAAGAAAACUAGGAUAAUGAACAAUGAAGUGCAAUGAACUACAAGCACUAAUGUCAUUUAUAGGAAAGUGCUGAGCAUUGCAGUACCAAGCCUUAUUAGCAGACUGUAGACAUCAUUCUCUCUCUUGUA